UUCGAAAGCAAGUUCGCCAAAUGCCAUACCUACUUGCAGAUGUAGAAACUAGAGGCAUUGCUUGGAAAAGCAUCGUUGUGCUGAUCCCAGUUUGUGUUUUGAGUUUGCUGUGUCAACUAUCCCCACCGGUUCGAUGGACGUUGUGGAGAUCAGUUGCUCGCCCUGUCACUCACUUGGUACUAAUAUUAACCUUCUUCAUCGCAAGUAAACAAAGUUUCGAGUCCGCGGUCAGCCACACCGGACUGCACCGCUACCUCCGCACCUUGCAUCAACCAUGGCAGCAGCGAACCGGCCACCUUCACCAACCCCCUCACAGCUACCCCCUAUCCCCGCAAGCCCAACUUACUCUUACGCUUCCACCGCGAACCCGCUAUCGCAGUACAACCUGCCCCUCCCUCCACCGCCCCGCCCGGCGCACGCCGUGCUCACCAAAACCGACCUGGAACACUCGCACGCCGCCUACGACGACCUCCUCUCCAGCGCCAAGGCCUACCGUCUCGCACUCGCCUCCCUCUCCACCGCCGCCUCCGCCUUCGGUUCCGCCCUCGAAUCAUGCGCCCGCCUCAAAGAAGCCCGCGCCGACGCCCUCGGCCCCGCGCAGGGCGCAUCCCUCAGCAACAGCUUCAGCACAAAGCAAGCCUCCUGCACGGCCGACACCCUGCUCACCGUCGCGGGGCUGCAGCACCUGGUGGCGAACCACCAGCACAUCCUGUCCGAGACGGUGUACCGCGCCUUCGAGGUGCCGCUGCUGCACGAGCUGGACAAGUGGCGGGCCGCGGUGGAGGACGAGGAGGAGGGCUACGCGCGCGCCGUGGCGGCGCAGAGCAGGGAGAUCCGCCGGCUCGAGAAGGAGGGGAUGAAGCUGCACCGGCAGCGGAGGCGGGACGUGGCCAAGUUCAGGAGCCAUCUGGUCGAGCUGACGGGCAAGCUGGACGGGCUGACGGUGCUGCACGGGGAGCACGCGCGGACGCUGCUCCGGGAGAGCCAGGAGACGAGCGUCAGGAUUGUGGAGGCGAGCUGCAGCCUUGCCAGGGCCGAGGUGGAUAUCUUUGAGAGCUUGGCGAGGAAAGGGUGGACCGGCGGCGGGUUGGAGGACGUGCUGGAGAAGGGCGUGGACUUGUUCGCCGCCGAGAUGGAUCCGCUGGUUGAGUCCGGGAAGGCGGCCGGGCUGGAUGGGACUGCUGGGACUGGGAAUGGCGAAGGGGCGAAACUGUUCAGCAUCUUGCCGCCCAGGAGCAUUCUGGCCGACAGUUCGGGGUCGGAUACGUUGAAGGGAGGGAAGGAUGCUCGCUCGGAUAGUCUGCUGGUGGACACCGAUCGGUAUCAGAGCCUCGUUGGCGCGGUAUCGUCGGACCUGCCCAGGGGACGAGAUCGCGACACGGACAGCGUCUUUUCCGAGUUCAACCGGUCACGGGGCGUGCGGCCGUUUUCGCCUCAGCCGCAACCCUUAAGGCUAAACCAGGAGGAUUUGCUGGGCGGCCUAGGGAGUGGCAGUGGUGAGUCCUCGUCCGGCUCGGGAGGCGGAGGGCAGAGGCACGGCGAUGACAAUCAUGCGAGCGGACGCGACGACGACUGUGCCAUAGAAGAGCAGGACGAGCAAGACGAUGAAGAGGCACAUCCAUGGCGCAAUGAAGGGCUACGGCAGGAGACGUUAUCAAUGGAAGAGCAAGGCAAGGCCGGCGUGAAUAUAAAAGCUCCGGAGCAACCCGGGGACAGCUGGAGUGUGACGGAUGGGAAUGCAUGAAGGAUCUGGCAUAGAUGUCAAGGAGUAGAUGUUCAGAUUUAGAUCUGCAGAUACGUACCUAUUCCCGAACGUUCACCUUUUCGUACAGGCGCUGUUUGGAAAGGCAUCUGGAAUAGAACUGUACUAAGCUACAUGGGGUAC